AUGGGACAAUUUGUUCCCGAGGUUCUUUGCAGAUUCGAUGAUCUUGCAACAUCGGUCGUUGUUGAUGCUGUGUUGAAGUUCCAGUCACACAAAAUGAACCUCAAUCAUCAACCGCUUGACCCAGCAGACUGGAAAAGCAUCCGCUCUGUUCUACGGGAAUUUCGAGAUCUUCUUAAAUGGCUUGACCCGACGAAGGAUGCGGAAAGAAUAAAUCAAGUCUACAAAGAAACUUUCGAUAAUCUUCUACAUCUACGGGCGCCUUUUCGGAACACGCUAUCCUUUACUGAUGAUAAGAAGAUUAGACUACGUGAACACUUUUUCAGGUUCAUGAAGUUCUGGGACCCAAACAGUGGCUUCACCAUCAGAGAAUGCAGCCGAUACUCUAGAGAGGGAAAUCGUGGGGCUGCGUUGUUUGCCACUAGGGCAUUCAAGAAAGGCGAAACAAUUGAAGGCUUGAAAGGAUGCCUAGCGCCGAUGACCGAUGCCGAGGAAAACGCGAUUGUUGUUGUAGGCAAAAAUGAUUACAGCAUCCUCAUACGCUUCGAGCGCAGAAAUGGUUGCAAAUCAACUCUUUGGCUUGGACCUGCGGCAUUUAUUAACCAUGAUUGCAAGCCAAACUGCGAUCUUAUUCAUCGCACGAACAAAAGUUGGAUUGAAGCGACAAGAGAUAUUCGGCCGAAUGAAGAGCUUCUUAUGCACUACGGAAAAGACUGCUGGGGAAUCAACUGCAUCGAGUGCGAGUGUCGUACUUGUGAACUUGGUGGAAACGGUGCAUUUACAAAUGCAGCAACCUGUGCGCCUAAACCUCAGUCAAUCCCAAACUUGAGAAAUUUCAAGAAGAGACGAAGCCAAGAGGAAAAAUUCCCGAUCUUAUCGAUCCUCUUCAUAUCGCAUUUGAAGAAAUCAAAGAGGAACCAACUGAACUCUCCGACGACGGCUUCGAAGAAGGAGAAUCGACACCUAAUCGCACAAAAACCUCAGAAAGGAGAUAAAUUCUUCAAAACUUUAUUAUAA